UAAAGUAUUCAUUACAACAAGGGCAGAGAUUAAGGAAGCCAUCAACCUUCUAAUGGUGCAGCAUUUAGCCUUGCCAUAGCUGAGACCAUAUCAGAAGAUGAAGACACAGUAGGAGACACACAAACACGAUACUCUCAUCUCUGCUCUCACUUGGCAAAUAAAAAAGCAACUCUUGUGGUCUUCAAUCUGUCCAAAUGGACAGCCUUUAUGAAAACAAUGUCCAAGGCAAUGACACAGAAGCCCACUCAGCUUAUGGAGAUGGCUUCCAGGAUGACUACCAGUCCAGCUCCCCUGCCCCUGAGGAGGAUGCAGCCAGCGAUGUCACUGAGGGCCAGGACAAGGAUAACCAGAUGUAUGAGGGUGAGUACCAGGGCAUCCCUCCCCCGGAUGAGAUCAAGGAAGCGCGGCGUGCGGACCGGCGCGAGGCCAGGAUGAAGGCCAGGCUGGCAGCCGUGGGAAAGAAGCAGACGCUGGCUGACCAGUAUGACAGCAUAAUGGAGGAGUGUGGCCACGGGCGUUUCCAGUGGACUCUGUUCACCACGCUGGGCCUCUCCCUCAUGGCCGACGGAGUUGAGUGCUUCGUGGUGGCCUUCGCCCUGCCCAGCGCUGAGAAGGACAUGUGUCUGUCCAAUGCCAGCAAGGGCAUGCUGGGUCUGAUCGUGUAUGUGGGAAUGAUGGUGGGUGCCGUCCUGUGGGGUGGUCUGGCUGAUAAGCUUGGUCGGCGUCGGUGUCUCCUGUACGCGCUGACCAUCAACUGUACCUUCUCCUUCCUGUCCUCCUUUGCCAAGAGCUACGGCUUUUUCCUCUUCUUUAGGCUCUGUUCUGGGGUCGGAAUAGGGGGCUCCAUCCCCAUUGUCUACACGUUCUAUGCUGAGUUCCUCCAGGCAGACAAGAGGGGAGAACACUUGAGCUGGCUUUGUCUGUUCUGGAUGGUGGGAGGACUGUAUGCCUCCUUCACUGGCUGGGGAAUCAUCCCUCAUUAUGGCUGGGGCAUCAGCAUGGGGACGGAGGGACACUUCCACAGCUGGAGGGUGUUUGUGCUGGUGUGCUUCCUGCCGUCUGCUGCUGCUUUGGUUGGGCUUUACUUCAUUCCCGAGAGCCCACGCUUCCUCCUGGAGAGUGCACGGCAUGACGAGGCCUGGAUGAUUCUACGGCAGGUCCACGACACCAACUGGAGGGCGAAGGGUGAACCGGAGCGAGUGUUUCAGGUGUCCCAGAUAAAGAUUCCCCACACCCAGGAGGACGAGUUCAUCGAGAUCCAGAGUGAGACUGGCACAGCCUUCCAGAGAUGCAUGGUCAGACAGAUGACCCUGGCCAAGCUGGUGAUAAAAAACCUGAUGUCACUUGCCUCCCCUGAACUGCGACUCAACAGUUUGUUCAUCGCCAUUGUUUGGUUUACAAUGGCUUUUGGCUAUUAUGGGCUGUCGGUGUGGUUUCCAGACCAAGUCAAAUACAUGGAGUAUGAAGAGAAUGAAUCUAAUGUUAAGACAUUUCACCAUGAGAGGGUCGAACGCUUUAAUUUCAACUUCACCCUGCAAAAUCAGAUUCACAGAGAGGGGGAAUACAUUCAUGACAGUUUUAUCAGCAUAGAGAUGAGGAAAGUGAAGUUUGAAGACUCCCUCUUCGAAUACUGUUAUUUUGAGGACAUCCAUUCAACUGACACAUUCUUUGAGAAGUGCACACUGCAAAACACUAUAUUCUACAACACUGACUUAUGGCAUGAUUCAAAGUUCAUUGACUGCAAGUUUGAAAAUGUGACCUUUCAUCACCCCAAAAGAGGCUGCCAUCUUAACUUUCAAGAGGAGAAUGACAUCCUGAUCUAUAUAGUGAGCUUCCUGGGGUGUUUGGCAGUAAUACCAGGCAAUAUCGUUGCAGGUCUGAUGAUGGAUAAGAUAGGAAGAAUCAAAAUUAUAGGUGUUUCCAUGCUGGUAUCUGCUGGCUGCACGUUUUCGCUCUUCCUCUGCUUCAGCCCAGCAUCCGUAAUAAGCUUUGAGUGCCUCUUCUUCGCCACCUGUGCGUCAGCCUGGAAUGGAAUUGAAGUCAUAACAGUGGAGCUCUACCCAGCCUCAAAAAGAGCGACUGCUUUCGGCGUGCUGAACGGUCUGUGCAAGCUCGCAGCCAUCAUCAGCACCUCCGUCUUCUCUGAGUUCGUAGGGGUCACGAAGAUCAUUCCGAUCUUACUGUCCUGCUCCGCCAUGGUGGGCGGAGGCCUGAUGUCGUUCCAGCUGCCGGAGACCAGGGACGUCGUUCUCCAGUAGAGACAACACAAACAAGCAACUAGCGAAAGGAAAAUAGAUAUAUAAAUAAAUUGCCAAACCUCAGAAGUGUUACAGCCUCGAACCACCACUCAGUCCAACCGGAUACUGGACGUUCUCAGACCUUGGCUGGUGGAAACCAAGCAGGUGGUUUAUGAUCAUAAAGUUAAAAUGAUGUUUACUUUGAUUAGUUUGUUAGUUUAACUAGUCAGAUUAGCUUUGCCAGCCUUUAAAUGUCUAUUCACUCUUUUUAAUCCUUACAACAAAUGUCCCACUAUUAAUAUUUUAUCAAAAUUGUGUGAAUUUAUUUUUCACGUGUGUAUUUUCUUCUUGCUAGAAAGCAGUGGCUUUAAAAAAAAUUCUCGUCAUUUCUUUGUUUUAUCUUUUAUCUCUAGUGGAUUUGUAUAUUAACACUUUGAAGGCAGAUUUGUGUAUUUUAAAUCUAUUAU